AUGCCGCACUUUGAGACGGCAUCAUCAGCAGCAGGUGUAGCUAGCAGCGACGACUCAUACGACGCUACUGCACGAAUUCUGGUCCUGGGCGAUAGUGCCGUCGGGAAGUCGUCACUAUUGAUGCGAUUCUGUGAAAACCGCUUCGACUCGAACUUCGUCAUCACGAUUGGGGUUGACUUUCGAGUUAAAACUAUCAACAUACAAGACAGAGAAGUCCGCUUGCAAAUUUGGGACACUGCCGGCCAGGAGAGGUUCCGAACGAUUACUCCGGCAUAUUAUCGCAACGCUAUGGGAGUCUUGCUCAUCUAUGAUAUGACAGAUUCCAAGAGUUUCAAAAAUGUAGACUAUUGGGUUCGCAACUUGGAUGAGCAUGCGGAUAAGACGGUUCAGAAGCUUUUGGUGGGGAAUAAGGCUGAUAUGGCAGCUAAGCGGAAAGUAUCGACGGAAGAAGGCCAAGCUCUUGCUGAUAAAUAUGGGAUGACCUUCUUUGAGACAUCCGCCAAAAGUGGCCUUAAUGUAGAACAAGCAUUCAGGGCGAUUGCGGAGAGAGUGUGUGACAGCUAUGAUUUGUUGAAUGGCAUUGAGCCACGAGUACACAAUAACGGUUCAGUGGCCAGCUCGAACGCUGUUAAAUUAUCGGAUCGUCGAGGCACCGGUGGAGCGGGGGAAUUUCGUGGCGCGGUGACGGUGAUGGACUGA